GCAUCCAGUGGGUGGACCGCCUCUGGCUUCCCAGGCUCGCCACUUCACUGGGAUCAGGGUCUCGAAUCCCACGCAGGCGUGUGUGUGGCCCUACCGCAACUGAGUUCCCAGAGUCCACAUAUUGUGGGCUACAGCUCAUAUCCCAUCACCCCCAGAACAUUCCUAGACCUCGUCUGAGCUUUGGCGCUUGCGCAUGAGAACUUGGCAUGCCGCAGGCUUUAGUUUUCGGUGUGAAAACAAUCACUGUUCUCUUUGGGGAGGUAAUCCUUGCGUCUUUGGUUGUUGCUAUUUAUGUUUUUGUUUUGAAACCCAGGUUUGCCUCAAGUCUUAACAGUUGACCUACUGGUGCUCUAGGCAUGGGCCACCAUCCCGGGAUGCUAGCCCACCUCUCGUUUUAUCUGUAGUACAAGAUGGAGUUAAUAGUGCCAACAGGAUGGUGGACCUGUUCUUUUUAAGUUUUUCUUCGUCCUUGAACCGAAAGUUCAAGUUUUAGGUGAUCACUCUUGUUUUUUUUGUUUUUUUGUUUGUUUGUUUGUUUUUCCUUUUUCUUUUUUUCGGAGCUGGGGACAGAACUCACUCUUGCUUUUAAAGUGUGUUGAUUUUUUUUUCCCCAGUGCAAGGUCGUUGGGUUAACGUUACUCUCCCCACUUCAGUUAGUCAGAUCUGUCAUUUCCACGUCCACAUAUAAAUGUCUUAUUCUUCAGAAGCUGAGACUGGAGUGAUUGAGCCCAGGAGUUCUAGACCAGCCUAAAGGUGUCUUGUGCAAGGCCCUACUCUUUGUUUCUGGACACGUUUGUGUAUUGUUUUGUUUUGAGACAGGUUCUCACCCUUGAAGCAUUGGGUUGAGUCCAGAACUCUAGAUCAGGCUGGAGUUCCUGGCUUGGGGCUGUUUAUCUAAACAGGAAGAGUAGACAGAUGUCAGGGCAUGGGGUUCUGGGGAGAAGUGUGAUUGGUGACACGUGUUGAGUGGCUUUGGUAUAUGGUUAGAAUUUAAGAGUAACAACAGUUGGACCAAGGCUGAAUCCAGUGUAGAGACUGAGGAAACAGAUAACCAUCCCCAAGAAGACAGCCCAGUAUAAAAACAGUGGUAGAGCCUACAGAACCCGGCUGAUACGGUGUUACAAGGACUGAGAUCGAGAGAUGGGCAGGAGGGUCUGGAGGUCAGGAUUAUCCUUGGCUUCAGCAGGACUCAAGGGCUGCUUGGACUAGAAACUAUUGCCCUCCCCUUCCCCCAAAUGAAGGAAUAAAGGGGGUCAACAAAGGGAAAUGGGGUAAAUCUGAUCAAAUACAUUAUUGUGUGUGUGUGUGUGUGUGUGUGUGUGUGUGUGUGUGUGUGAGAGAGAGAGAGAGAGAGAGAGAGAGAGAGACAGAGACAGAGACAGAGACAGAGACAGACACAAUGCCCUAACAUUUUCUUUUGUUGUUUUGAGACCGGGUCUCACUGUAUGACGGAGAUCUUACCAUAGGACACAUGUGAAAGUCAGGACAUCCUAUAGGAGUCUGGUCAUUCUAUUUUGAGGUCAAACUCAAAUUGGCAGGCCAGACAGCAAGCCCUGUGACUCACUGAACCAUCUCAUAGGCUCCAAUAGGCUUUUACAUCCUCUAAAGGUGCUGUACAAUUUUUGCAUUCCAAAUGUAAUCCUUCCACCUCAGACUCGCAAGGGCUGGGACUAUAUAACCCUAUACAAACCCCCUUGGCUUUACUAUGUUUUUAUGUCCAUCAAAAUUGUCAGAUAAGUUUUUGUGCCCCAAAUUCACAAUCUUCCUGCUCUCGACUCCUACUACUGGGGUUACAGGUGUGUGCUCUUACAGACAGGUUUAUCAAUCAAAGUUAUUGUGCCUCUUUUUUCUUUUUUUCGGAGCUGGGGACCGAACCCAGGGCCUUGCGCUUGCUAGGCAAGCACUCUACCACUGAGCUAAAUCCCCAACCCCUGUGCCUCUUUUUUUGUUCGUUUGUUGGUUGGUUGUUGGUUGGUUCUUCAAGACAGGGUUUCUUGGUAUGUGAUUGCAUCCCUGGCAAUCCUAGAACUGGCCUUGAACUCAGAGAUCCACCAGCCUCUGCCUCCCAAGUACUGGGAUUAAAGCCCUGCACCACCAUACUGGAUAAAUCAAAUAUUUUAACACAAUCCAAUCCAAAUAUACAUCAACUGGACACUCACAUACCAUAGGAUGAUGUCGUAAAGUCAUAAACCUUCGAAGCUGGGCACAGUAUUACACCAGCAGUCAGAGGCAGACGAGUCUAUGAAUUCAAUGCCAGCCUGGUCUACAUAGCAAGUUAUAGGCCAGCCAGGAUUACAUGACGAGACACCCCCCUCCAUCUCAAUACAGUCUUACACAAUAUUUUGUCUCUGUUUUGUGGUUGAAGAUUGAACCCAGGCGUGUGCCAUCUCAAACAAGGGCUUUUCCUGAUGAACUGACCCUAGCCCUAAGUCGUCUUCUUUUCAUAACAAAAACAUGGGGACCAGGCAAGUGGCUCUGUGGUUAAGGAACACUUAACUGUGAGGUUCUGAUUUCAAAUUCCCAGCACGCGCCUCAAAAAUUAGGCAUGACUUUCUGUGCCUGUACCCCAGCAUUUAAAAGUGGAGGGCACAAGGGUUGGGGAUUUGGCUCAGCGGUAGAGCGCUUGCCUAGCAAGCGCAAGGCCCUGGGUUCGGUCCCCAGCUCCGAAAAAAAGAACAAAAAAAAAAAAAAACCAAAACAAACAAAAAAAAAGAGUGGAGGGCACUUCUGGUUCAGUGAUAGACCUUCCUUAAAAAAACCACCCCCCAAAAAAAAAACAAAACUAGGGGCAGCUAGAUGCUUAGCAUGAAAAGGUUUGUGCCACCUGAGUCUCAUAUAGUGACAGAGAGAGCCAGCCCCUUCAAAUUAACUGUAAUUUAAGAUAGAUAUAUAUCUAUCAUAUAUAUAUAUAUAUAUAUAUAUAUAUAUAUAUAUAUAUAUGCACUCAUACAGGUGCCUGCAUACACAUUCCAUACAUAUUGGUGUUCUGCCACUCAGAGAUGCUUCCACAACAAACAUGCAUACUCCAUAUACACACAUAUACACAAAAACAUCAUGCUCUAUGCCACCACACACACACACACACACACACACACACACACACACACACACACAAACCCACAAUAAAGACAGUAAAGGCAGACAAGAUGGCUUGGCAGGUAAAAGGGUCUGCGGUCAAACCAGAUGACCUCAGUGUGGUCACCAGAGCUCCCAUGAGGGAGAGAAUGGACUCUCGGCAAGCUGCCUUCUGACUUCCACCACUGCAUGCUGGCAUGUGCCCUCCAACAUUCACACAAGUAAAUAGAACAGCAUAUUUACAAAGAAAUUUUGCCAGGUGUGUCGGUACAUGCCUUUAAGACCUCCCCCGCCAACCCUAUAAAGAGAAAGAACAAAAGAUUUUGUGCAGUGAAGACACUGCAGUUUAAACCCCGCAGUGGGGGAGUUUAAACUCGGGAGGCAGAAGCAGGUGGUUCUCUUGAGUUCGAGGACAGCCUGGUCUACAGAGGGAGUACCAGGACAGCCACGGCUACACAGAGAGAGCCAGUCUUGAGAAAGAAAGAAAACCCCAAACACUGCAGUUUGUAAUGGGAAUUCUUACCAGGCUCCUUGGCAGUGUGGUGUGUGCUAUGCCUGCGUUUGUCUGCUUUGUUGUCUUGAUGAAUUGUGUUUUUUGUUUUGUUUUCUUCCUUCCAUCCUUCCGUCCUUUCUUUCUUUCUUUAUGGUUUUUGGAGACGGGAUUUCUCUGUAACCCUGGCUGUCCUAGAAUUGGCUCUGUAGACCAGGCUGGCCUGGAACUCAGAGAUUUGCUUGCCUCUGCCUCCUGAGUGCUGGGAAUAAAGGUGUGAGCUAUCGCUGCCUGGCUGGUUUUUUUAUUAUUAUUAUUAUUAUUAUUAUUAUUUAUUACUACUACUACUACUUCUACUACUACUACUACUACAACAACAACAACUACUACUACUACUACUACUAGUAGUAGUAUAUUUAAUACAGGGUCUCUCUACAUAGCUCUAGUUCUCUAGUUGUCCUGGAACUCCAAUAGAGAUCUUUCUGCCUGUGUCUCCUAAAUACUGAGAUUAAAGGCACAGGCCACCAUGCCUGGCUGUUGUCUUUGUUCUAAUUUGGUUCUAUAGAUUGAAGUCAUGCCCAAGUGCUCUGAGCUAUCUUCUCAACCAAGGAAUUUAUUUUUGGGUAUUAUUUGCAUGUGCAGAGACCUUUAACUGAUGGCCAUAAGUCACCAUCUGUAAAUCCAAGGCUCUCAGAUCUACCUACAGACAGGAACGCCACUGACUGUGACUUCUACUUUCAGUCAUACCGACUGUCUAAGGGAGUAACGCACCAUUUACUAAGUUGCCCUAUACAGACUCCGAAUCGUUGAACCACCAAAACUGCCUUUGGAAAAAAUACCCAACCCUGAUAAAGAUGGCCCAGACAUUAAGCCCAAUCUGUGGAUGUGGGUGAACCCAAACAUCGUGUAUCCUCCUGGCAAGCUGGAGGUUGCGGUCAAAAAGGAAGACUCGUCGAGCGCACCACCUGCCUCCCAGUCAGCCCUGAAAGAGGAAGACAGCUGUUCCGAAGCCUCGGAGAUACCAGCACAGCAGCCACCGCCUCCUCGCAAGCAGAAGAGGAAGCAGAAGGAGAAACACAUUGCCUCUUCCCCUAGCAUCUGGGAGGAGCCUACAGAAGAGGAGGAGGCCAAGGACCGUGAUGACAGCUUCUCUGUGGCUCUCCCAUCCCUUCCCACAAGGGCCCCACUCCAGAAUCGGUGGAGGCUCCGGCAAGCCAUCAGCCCAGAGGGGCGGCUCUGGUCCCGCCCCCCUCUUCAUUACUUCCAUCUCAUUGCCUUGGCACUCAGAAACAGUCCCCCCUGUGGCCUCAGCGUGCAGCAGAUCUACAACUUCACUCGCCCUCGAGGGAGGGGCAAAGAUGAGCCCGAAGUUGGGGGCAGUAAACUAGCCUUAGAAGAAUUCCUCAGCCUAGCAUGGUGGCACAGGCCUGUGAUCCCAGCACUCAGGAUUCAGAGAGAGCACUUCCCCUUUUUCCGGACAGCUCCAGAAGCCUGGAAGAAUACAGUUCGUCACAAUCUCUGUUUCCGAGACAGCUUUGAGAAAGUGCCGGUCAGUAAGCAGGGGGAGGCCAGCACUCGGCCUCGAUCCUGCCUCUGGAAGUUGACCGAGGAGGGACAUCGCCGAUUUUCAGAGGAGGCCCGCACCCUGGCUUCCACUCGGCUGCAGAGUAUCCAGCAGUGCAUGAGCCAGCCAGGUGUGAAGCCUUGUCAAGUGCAUGAGCCCAGGGGUGGGGGACCUGAGGCCCAGACCCUAGGCUAGAUGUGCCUCCCUCAAUCAGACUCUAAAGACAUCUAAAGGGAGAACAGGAGUGAUGAGUUUGUGAGUGAGAGUUUGUGUACAAGGAAUAGGGAAACAGGUUGCUGCAGGCUCUGCUCACAGCCCAGAAUCCUGGCCCAAUGGCGUUCGAGCUGGGUAAAAAGUAUGAGGGUUUAUCUGCUAAGAGGAUUCUACCGUAACGAGCAGAAAGGCUUCAAAAGAGGUAGCGUUGGACCCUUAAGCUCCGUGAGAUAGUAUAGCAGACCCGGGACAGCAGGUCAAGAUUGCAAGCUCCUCUGAACUCUCUUACAGAUGUGAUGCCCUUCCUCUUUGACCUUCAAGAAUAAGAAUCAGCCAUGCCCUAUUAAAGAUUCCUUCAGCAACA